AUGAGUGCCAAUGAUCCUGGACAUAUCAAAGAAUUUGUUAAAGAUAAUCUUGAUAAAAAUCAAGAAUUAGAUUUGAAAAAUUUGUGGAAAUUAAUUAUUGAAAAUAAAGAAAGAAUAUUUGAUGAAAAUCAUGAAAAAGAAUUAUUUUAUGCAUUUGGUUGUGAUAAUCCUGAUGUUCUUUUAUUAAGAUUUUUAAGAGGAAAAAAAUGGAAUAUUAAUCUUGCUUUUGAACAACUUAUUGAAACAAUUAAAUGGAGAAUUCAAUCAAAUGUUAAUCAAAUUGUAUUUAAUGGAGAAAAUCAUCUUUCAUAUGAAGAAAUUUUAACAGGAAAAACUUUUUAUCUUGGCCAAGAUAAAUUUGGUCGACCAAUAAAUUAUGUUUCAGUUAAAGAUCAUAUUAAAGGACAAUUUCCAUCUGAAUCAACAGAAAAAUUAACUAUAUUUACAAUGGAAACAGGAAGAAAAUUAUUAAAAUAUCCAAAUGAAUCAGUUACAGUUAUAUUUGAUAUGAAUAAAUUUUCAAUGAAAAAUAUGGAUUAUCAACAUGUCAAAUUUCUUAUUAAUCUUCUUCAAAAUUAUUAUCCUGAAUGUCUUGGUCUUGGACUUAUUGUUAAUGCUCCUUGGUUAUUUACUGGUUGUUGGCAUAUUAUUAAACCAUGGUUAGAUCCUGUUGUUGAAAGUAAAAUACAUUUUAUUAAAAAUCUUGAUGAUUUAACUAAAUUUAUUGAUUUAUCAAAUUUAUCUAAAAGAUUUAAUGGAUAUCAUGCAGAUUUUAAUUAUAUUCCACCAACUGAACAAGAUAACAGAAUUUUAUCUACAAUUCGUGAAGAUUAUUAUGGAAAAGCAAAAGCAAAUGAAUAUUUUCAACAAACUUCGAUGAAUUAUCUUCAAAUAACUUUAGAAUGGAUAAAUGAAAAUGAUGAUCAAAUAAAUUUAUUAGAAAAAAGAAAAAAAGCUACAGAACAAUUAAAAUAUGCAUAUCAACAAUUUAUACCAUAUAUAUCAACUAAAACACAUUAUCAUAGAAUUGGUUAUAUAGAUGAACCUAGUUUUGAUAUUACUUUUCAAAAUAUUCAAAAAGCACUUGAAGAUAAAAUUGUUUUUUUUUAA